ACAAAAUAUUUACAGCUACGCAUCUACCAUUUUGAUUGAGUGUUUGAAUUUAUUUGGAAGAUCUUUUGUCAUCAAUGUAACAAAUUUACAUCCUUUUAUUUGUAGGAGUUUAAAAUCUCGGUUGGUGGAGAAGUUGUUAUUUAGCAGUUACUGUGCCUACUUCUACAUCUACAAACUAUUGUCUUCAGUUACAUACUGUACCUUAGAGCAGCUAUUGAUCCAGAAGAUGGACAUCUGUGGAGUGGUGCUGCCUCUCGAAAUUGCUGAGAAGAUUUUAUCGUAUGUGGGAUUGAGGGAGUUGAUAUGCUGCAGCGAAGUUAGUGUCAACUGGUAUCAACUGAUAAAUAACAUGAAAUUGUGGAGAUCAUACGUGAGCAGCGAAGAGGAUCGCUGGCUGCUUCACUAUCAAGGAAGUAAGUGCAAUGCAAUUGUCUCGGGUUUUCCUGGUGAAUUUAGCGGACUGAAUGUAAUUGCAAAAGCAGAAACACUGGCUCCAGUAGUCAACCCAUGGAAAAAUUCACUUCGCCAGCGUAAUAUUCUCAAACACUACUGGAUGAACGGUAUUUACCAAGCACAUACUUUAAAGCCAGAGCACUGCAAUCUGCUGUCAUUCUCCAGUGUAGUAGUGAUUUAUCCAUCGACCGCCGCGCAAGAUUGUCUUUAUUUACCAAUUUUGGGCACUCGCGGAGAUGGAGAAGAAGGGCUCUACUUGGUACGCCUCGACUGGCAACCGAAAAUAGUUUGCACAUUAGUUGAGAAUGUGAAGGAAGCUGCAGUAGAAGUGACGUGUGUGAUGAGAGACUAUGUGGUGUGGGUGUCGGGUCUCACAGUCCAAUGUCUGUCCCUCCAAAAUGGAGUGGAAAACUCCGAAAUAAAAACGUUGGGUGAAGUGGUUGAGAAUGACUUCUUUUUUCUGGCCAUGGAUAUCGAGAACAUCGUUGCUUGGUCACACGGUUGGCUCCAUCUCUGGGACAAGAAAAAUUUGGAUUUGAAAUUGAGUAUGAAUUCGCGACCAAAAACUACCAUAAGUGAGGUACGCUUAGAUGAUGGAAUCCUCAUAGUGGCGUCGUUCCAAUUCGAAAAAUAUGUGUCCUUAAUUGAAGUGAAAGAUACCAGAAAUAUGCGUACUUUGCAUGAAUUUGAGGUAUAUGGUUUUGUUAUCGAUGUGAUCUGUUGUAAAAAUAAUUUUCUUUUACAAUAUCACCAACAAUUGAUCGAUCGUGUCGAGGGACGAGAUAGAAAAACUGCAAAAGUACGUUUCUCGAGGGAAUUUUUCUCCGGUACAUUUGGUGGAAGUGUCACUCGAUUGGCCGACAGCAAAUUUAUCUAUUCAUCAAAACUGGAUGGUACAGUGAAAUUCGAUAUUUCACAUCCAGAAAUAGAUCUGUAUAAAUUCAUUACAAUCUUUGACGAUAAACAACCUCUCUUUGGCAACAUCUUGGUUGGAGUCAAGUCAUUUAGUUCGAAAUGUGAUGAAAUUGUAGUUUGGAAUUGGGUUGAGAAACUGACAUUUUGCAAAUUGCGAUCAUUGCAAUUCAUUAAGGUGCACAUCAACGAAGGCCGGAUUAUUGCUCAUGACGAAGCUGGAGCUAUAAGUGUAAUGUCAUUUGGUUAACAUAUCAAAGAAAAUAAGAAUUAAAACUUCCAUUCAAAUACAGUAUUAGCAACGUCAGCAUUAUUAAAUCUAGGUGAUUUCAAUUUUUGUUUUUCCAAACACAAACCUUUAUGUUUAUUUCAAUUUCAAUGGAAAUCUCUUUUAUUCAAUUUGAUUUUUUAUGUUAUCUUAUCAAACUUCCUAGGUAUUCACAAUCACAAUAAUUGUACGUUAUUAUUCACUACUGUAGUUCUUUUGUCGCUUAACGUUUGGGUAUUUCUUUUUUUUGAUAAUUUUUAAAAACAUGUUUGGACAUGUCCUAAGAAAACAGACAAUGUGAGUUUGCUUUUUAUUAUUCAAGCUUGAAACUAGCUGCUAUGUUUUUAGCAGUGCUAACUCGGUGAUUUAUUUUAUUAUUUUUGUUUAGCAGUGAUAACUCUGUGGUUUUUAUUUCAUUAUUUUAUUGUUCUUGUGUAGCAGUGAUUACUCGGUGAUUUUAAUUUUAAUUUUUUUAUUGUUUUACAAUGAUUGUACCGGUAUAUCGUUACUUCAUUAUUUGCUCUUCUGUCGUAUAUCAUAUUGUAAAACUGUAUAUUUCAUCUAUUUGAUAAAUGUGAAAAUCAAAUUGAUUGGAUCUAAUGUAGAUUGAUUGGAGUUAAAGUGAGAUGUUCAACUCAAAUAUCAAUUUGAAAUUAAAUUACUGCGUUCUAUAGGAUGUAAAGAAACAUUGUAAUGUUUUAGAUACUGUACAUUUGUUUGUUAUGCUUGUGUACAUGAAAAUGUUUUGAAGAUUGUUAUUCUUAUGUAAUGAAUAACACUCUUGUAAUGCAUGUCAUUCUGCUGUAGGAAAGGGAUAAAUAAAUAGCAUAAAUUCCAAUCGGAAUUCAAACUGCUGCUUCCUACUGCUUACUGUUGAACCUACGAUAAAUUAAAUGGAACUACACAGUUCUAUAAAUGAACUCUGAUUGUGAAUGAAAAUUGAUUUUAUUUAAUAUAUGAAUAUUGAAUUCAAUAAUAUCCGCCUUGUAGGCCUACCUAGUUACUUCCCUUAUUUUAAAAUUAACUAGAAAAAACUAUUGAAUCUCUCUGAAUCUAUUUUCACUCUUCAAACCUUCCAUACUUGUAAAUCAACUAAAAAUUUAGAAUUUCAAUUGACUAACUGGAUACAUCAAUAGAUUGCGCACUCAUGUAGGUAACUGAAUCUCAUACAAAUAUAUCAAAGUUGUCUCUCACAUUCAAACAUUAUAAGAAAACAGUUCAUGUUAGUUUUAAGAGUUAGCUUGUUAGCUCAAUCUUAAAUCGAUGUUUAUCUAGUAGUCUGCAAUGUUUGUAAAUUUCACGAUUACAUAAAGAAUAAGAUAAUAUAUUAUUCUUGGUGAAUAGCAGAUAACUAGAUAUUUUAAACGUAAACAUAAUCUCAUCGGUCAUCAUGAUGUCAAAAUUGUUUGCGUUUUUAUGUUAUCGGUAUUCCUAUGUAUCUUUGUAACUAUGUAAUCGAUAAUAUGUUUCUAUUUAUAUAUGUAAGUCUGUGUGUCUUGUAUAUAUGUACAGUGCCUUGUAAAUUUGUAUUCUCGUAUAUUUGUAUGUCUUGUAUAAUAUUCAUAGAGGUAUGUAGUAUUUCUUGUUAUUCCUACUGUACCUAAAUUAAUUUUUUUAUAAUAUGCUUUUGAUAUAUUAGCGUAAGUUUUUACUAUAUUAAUUUGUUUUCAUUGAUAUGGAAAAUUAUUCAUGAUAUGAAUAAAAUUGAAUUGAUUAUGUAUCUAUUAUAAUAUUUACCCUUCAGUUAUUGAAGGAUAUUCAUCCUUCAGUUAUUAUCUUAUUUUUUAUCAUUGAUCAUAACUUCUAAAGUUCAUAUACAGUAACUUAAUAUUCUCAUAUAUAGAGGUAUAUUACUGGAUUAUUUUUUGGUUGAUAAAUCACAUUAUAUAUCCUUGUGUCAAUAUUAUAUAUCAUUCUUGUACUGCAUACCGUAUUAUAAUGUCUUGCAUAUUUGUACCGUAUUAUAAUGUCUUGCAUAUUUGUAUACAUUGUGCGUAUAAUAUUUAUGAUAUAAGUAUUUAUUGAAUAUUAUUAAUGUAUUCUUCAGUUACGACAUAGUAAUUCACACCUCAACUACUUGAUAGCUAAUACAAUCCGACCGUUUGUGAAUUCUAACCUAUUUAUGAAUUCUCAUUCACAAAGGUAAAUACAUAGAUAAAAAGUAUUGCAGAUUUUAACAGAUCAAGUUUUAUCCUAUAUUUUUGUGUGAAGUUAUUCUCUAUUUUGUAUUCAGAAUGUUCAAAUUAUUUGGUAUUUCAAAUGCAUAUUAAAUGCAAUACACAAAUUUAAUGCAUUGCUAUAAAUUACCUAUUAGAAAUACUUGAACACUUUAAAAAUAAUCACAAAAAUAACAACACCGAUUCAAAGCAAUGCAGUUUUUAUUAUUACUGAACUAAAUAUGAGUUAACAUAAUCUAUACAUCACAAUAUAGUUUCAUUAUUCUAGAAGAGCUAUUAAUCUGUUGGUCUUACAUAGCACAAUUUAUAAAUUUACAUAGAAACAGAUUUACAUUAUAUACAAUAUUUCUUGCAACUUUGGUCAAGUGGAUUUGGAUGUCAACUAAGUACAGCCUAUGCGAUGAUAUUUUUAUGAAUAUGAAUGUGCUCGGAUUUUAUUAAAAAGAGGAUGUAUCACCUCUAAACAAAUCGAGAUUAGAUGUUUAGAUUUAUACUCUAUUCAUGUAAACAAUAUAAUGGAAGAAUAUCAAUUCUAAAGUGAAAAAAUAAGGGAUGUAAAAAUAAAAAAAAUCCAGAUUCCAUUAGAAGGUGGAGAAAUAACUUUAUAAAAUUAAUUUAUUGUUGAAAAUCUAGAUAGGCCUAACUCAGUUCAUUAACAAUUAGAAAAUAAUAAAAAUCUAUUCAUAUUUAUAAAAAAGUUUAUUCAAAAUGUCAGUAGAUAUGAGAAUUUAUUCAAUAGAUUCCAAUAAACUAUCAUAGAAAACGGUCACACAACAUUAUCUUUUGACCAUUUUUCAAAAGAGAUAAAAUUCAUGUACGGUCUUUUCAAGUUAAAAAUACAUUCCAAUAAGUAAUUGAAAAAAAUAGAAAACCAGUUUGGAAGAAAGAAUAACUUUGAAUUACAUAAGGAUAAAUAAUAAAAUAAUCAUUUGACAACCUUCUGCAUUUGUACCCUGGAUAGCUAGCAAGUUGAUACACCGGAGAAUUUAUCUCAGUGCUAUUUGAAUUACACAAUAAUCAAUAAUGAGUAAAUUCUUGAGAAAAAGUUGCAUGUUUUUGGCCCAGAUUGCAAUACAAAUAAAUUUCUAACCAGAAUAUGAUAGCCAAGAGCAUUGAUAUAAUGAGAAAAAAAGAGAUUAUGAAUCAUAACAGACUUAAAAAUCAUUGACUUCUUGUGAUUUUUAUAUAACGUAUAUAUGUAUUUUUCAAAUGUAUUGAAAUAGAGAAACAAGAAUGAUGGGAAGACAAGGUUUUAAACUAAACUUGAAUUUGAACUGACUAAAAAAAAUUAACAAGAUAAUAAAAUAAUGUAGGUUGAAUUAAAAAUUGAAAACUAUUUGAAAGUUUAUACUAAACUCAACCAAAACAGUUGAAAUUAAUUAAAUGUCAUAAAAUUUUCUUCAACCUGAUAGUUGAUAUUUACUGUAUUUCCAGCUAUAACUCAAUAACAUUUGGUUUGGCUCUGAAAUAAAAUAAUGCAGGUACUAGGCCCUCUUCAUGCAUUUGCCAUUUUCAUAGCAAAAUAGAUGUGAUAAUACUGUUCAAUUCCAUUUAUUAUCAAUAUAAUGAGUAACUAGGCUGCUAAAAGUAAAAGCCUAGCAAAAGUUGUGUAACUUGAAAAAUGUGUAAUCAAAAGUAUACAUUCUGUUCAAUUCGCAAUUUUAUUACGUUAAUUACAAGAGCGUGAUUUGACUACAUUCUAUUGCACCAUCUUCACCCUUGGUUCUAAUUUUAAAUACACAACCAAUAAAAAUUGUGAGACAUGAUCACUACAUCAACGUACAUAACUUUCACAUGAAUUAAUGUGAACAUUCAUAGAUCAGUGAAGAAAUAACGCAAUAUUCUGAUAAAAUUCCAAAAUUAAUUUUUAAAGGAAAAGAAUGUGCAUACAUGUCAUGACAAAACGUUUUAUCUUUCUCCUUGACGCUUUUUUGUAACCCAUUCGAUGUUGUAAUAAUAUUUGUUGUGAUCUGAAUCUCAAAAAUUAGGCUAUUAGAAAUUAGGCUUGUAACGUUUCAUGAAUGUUCACUUUCUCUGAAAAAUUUAUAAUAUGUGGUUUCCGUGAUUUGUAUUUUCAAUAUGAGUGUUCUCUUGUAAUUCAACUGCAAUUCUGAAAUAAAUUGAUUUUGGGUAUU